AUGUCUGCUUUUCGUGAAAAAAUACCAAUUGAAGUUGAGGGUUUUUUCAAAAAACAAGGUGCUGGGUCAACUAUUAAAUCAAAUGAUAUUGAGCAUGUUUCCCAUCUCUUCUCGAGAAACAAGUCGGCUAUUUCUUUGCAAUAUUGUGCUCAAUUUCAUAUGUGGCAAUUCCGCCAAGAUCUCUUCGUUAGUUGGGGUAAGAAUCCGCACGAAUCGGAUCUUUUGAGGAACGUAUCGAGAGAGAAUUUGAUAUGGUUAGACAAUGUGUGGUUGGUAAACAAGGAUCGAUUUUUUCGCAAGGUACAGAAUGUAUCGUCAAAUAUUCAAUAUGAUUCCACAAGAUCUAGUUUCGUUCAAGUAAGGGAUUCUAGCCAAUUGAAAGGAUCUUCUAAUCAAUCCAGAGAUCAUUUUGAUUCCAUUAGUAAUGAGGAUUCGGAAUAUCACACGUUGAUCAAUCAAAGAGAUAUUCAACAACUAAAAGAAAGAUCGAUUCUUUGGGAUCCUUCCUUUCUUCAAACGGAAGGGACAUAG